AAUGUCUUCCGAAAUAGAGCGCAACCCUGGCGUAGAUUUAGACAUAUCAUGGGUGCGAAAAAGUUGUGUCAACUUGCCUGCCGUAAAUAGACGUGCGGAAACCUUAAAGACCCGUCGAUCUAUUAAGAAGCAAUGGCAAGCGGCUUGGCUUUUGAGAGCAGUAUCAUGCCUUGAUCUUACAACUCUUUCUGGUGACGACACUAGUGGCAACGUGGCCAGGCUGUGCUUCAAAGCGCAAAGCCCGGUCAGGCAGGACCUGUUGAAAGGCAUGGGUUUUGAUAAGGAAAUCACGGUUGGAGCAGUUUGCGUGUAUUCAACACGGGUACCAGAUGCAAUCAAGUCCUUGAAAGAUGCAGGGUCUAAUAUACCUGUGGCCUCUGUUGCAGCAGGUUUCCCAGCUGGCCUGACACCACUUAAACAACGUAUAGAUGAAAUUCUUAUGGCAGUAUCAUAUGGUGCUAAGGAGAUAGACAUUGUUAUAUCACGUGCUUAUGUUCUUGAUGGUGAUUGGCAAGCUCUAUAUGAUGAGGUGAAGGCUUGCCGCAAAGCAUGUGGAGAUGCACAUCUUAAGACCAUUAUUGCUACUGGGGAACUUGGUUCAUUGGUCAAUGUUUACCGUGCUAGCCUGGUUUGUAUGAUGGCAGGGUCAGACUUUAUCAAGACAUCAACAGGAAAGGAAAGUGUAAAUGCUACAUUCUCUGUUGCCCUUGUUAUGGUCAGAGCAAUACGAGACUAUUUUCAGCAAACUGGCUACAAAGUUGGUUUCAAGCCGGCAGGGGGAAUUCGUAGUGCAAAAGAAGCCUUGACUUGGCUAGCACUAAUGAAAGAAGAGUUGGGAGAUGAAUGGACCCAACCGAACCUUUUCAGAAUUGGAGCAAGUUCUCUUCUGCUUGACAUUGAAAGACAACUAUUCCAUUUUGUUACAGGAAGAUAUGCUGCUGCACAUGAACUGCCUAUGUCUUAAAGAACAUUGAAACAAUGUACCAGUUAAUGUCACAAAUUAUUGAUGUAAAAUAAUUUCUU